UCGCUCUUUACAUCGGUGAGUUCAUUAGAAAGAACAAGACGAAAGGGUACGGAGCCCAUUUAAUCUUUUAAAGACCAAAAAACAAACAAUUAACAAAUCAACAUGAGGGAAAUUGUUCACAUGCAAGCUGGCCAGUGCGGCAACCAGAUUGGUGCUAAGUUCUGGGAGGUUAUCUCUGACGAGCACGGCAUUGACCCCACAGGCACCUACCACGGUGACUCGGACCUCCAGCUCGAGAGAAUCAACGUCUACUACAAUGAAGCCACAGGCGGCAAGUACGUUCCCCGCGCCGUGCUGGUGGACCUGGAGCCGGGUACCAUGGACUCCGUCAGGUCCGGACCGUUUGGACAGAUCUUCAGACCAGACAACUUUGUGUUCGGCCAGAGCGGAGCAGGCAACAACUGGGCGAAGGGUCACUACACCGAGGGCGCUGAGCUCAUUGACUCCGUGCUCGAUGUUGUCCGCAAAGAAGCCGAGUCAUGUGACUGCAUCCAGGGGUUCCAGCUGACACACUCCCUUGGUGGCGGCACCGGCGCCGGCAUGGGCACUCUGCUCAUCAGCAAGAUUCGUGAGGAGUACCCCGACAGAAUCAUGAACACAUUCUCAGUCGUGCCAUCACCCAAAGUGUCCGACACCGUCGUUGAGCCGUACAACGCCACCCUGUCCGUCCACCAGCUGGUCGAGAACACCGAUGAGACCUACUGCAUCGACAACGAGGCUCUCUACGACAUCUGCUUCCGGACCCUGAAACUGACCACCCCGACAUACGGUGACCUGAACCAUCUCAUCUCCGCCACGAUGUCCGGCGUCACCACCUGUCUCAGAUUCCCUGGACAACUGAACGCUGAUCUUCGAAAGAUUGCCGUCAACAUGGUGCCGUUCCCGCGUCUCCACUUCUUCAUGCCCGGGUUCGCUCCUCUCACCUCCCGCGGCAGCCAGCAGUACAGGGCACUAACAGUCCCCGAGCUCACCCAGCAGAUCUUUGACGCCAAGAAUAUGAUGGCUGCCUGCGACCCGCGCCACGGACGUUAUCUCACCGUCACGUCCAUCUUCAGAGGACGCAUGUCCAUGAAAGAGGUUGACGAGCAGAUGUUGAAUGUCCAAAACAAGAAUAGCAGCUACUUCGUUGAAUGGAUCCCCAACAACGUGAAGGUUGCCGUCUGCGACAUCCCACCGCGCGGUCUCAAAAUGUCCGCCACCUUCAUCGGUAACACGACCGCCAUCCAGGAGCUGUUCAAGCGCGUCUCUGAACAGUUCACCGCCAUGUUCCGGCGCAAGGCCUUCCUUCACUGGUACACUGGCGAGGGCAUGGACGAGAUGGAGUUCACCGAGGCGGAGUCGAACAUGAACGACCUCGUGUCCGAGUACCAGCAGUACCAGGACGCCACCGCUGAAGAGGAAGGAGAAUUUGAUGAGGAGGAGGCUGGAGAGGAGGAGGCCUAAUUGUGACGUCACUAUACUGAUGACGUCACUGGCUGAUAUGAUCAUGUCACUAGCUGAUGGCGUCAACAGCACACAUGAUUGACUAUGUGACUCUUGCAAUAUACAUUCCGUUCAGAAAACAUCGGAUUCGUUGAUUGACUUUUAGUCUUUUACACAAGUUCCGUCCAAAACAUUAAAACAUCAGACAACAUCCUCAAACCAAUUGUAUGUAUUUAAAAUUGGCAUCUCAUUCUGUUCACAUUACCAUCUAUUGUCUCAAGCUGUCAGUAAGUGUUUUACGUCAAUAAACCGUCCACAAGAUAUCUUGGCUCAGAAUAUUUUUGUUAUUAAAUAUCAAAAAUAAUUUAUUUUUAUUUUGCUUUAUUUAAGAGAGAAAAUAUGGUCAUCAUGUAAGAAAUAAAUAUUAACAAAAAGGC